UCGGACAACCCAUCCAUGGAAGCUGGUAUUGGACAAUCCAGAGUGAGCCACGUUGUGCUUGCCUUCUUGUCAAGAAUCAGGGGGCGUUUCCGGGUUGCUGACAUCAUACAGUCCAAGCCCCAAAAUCUUUCUUUAUAUAUUCCUGUUUGGCUGUCAAGAAAACGAGCGAGAAACGCUGAGAAAGUGACGCCACGCAUUUUUCAGUUCCCGUCGCCCAGAAAUGACUAGUGGGGUUACACCUUCAGUUUCCCCCUCCCAUUUCUCAAUUCUUCACUCUAAACCAAAGAUUACCCACUUUUCAUCUCCUUCAAAUCUCAAAUUUCGACCGAUUUCACCAAUUGGGUCUCCCAGAUUCGUAGUCCGUUGCAGCUCUGGUGAUGGCGACAGCAGGACUGUUCUUAAUGCCUUUUUCUUAGGAAAAGCUUUAGCAGAAGCCUUAACCGAGCGCGUUGAGUCAACAAUUGGAGAAGUUUUGAGUGGGAUUGGUAGGCUGCAAGCUGAACAACAAAAACAAUUUCUUGAUUUCCAGGAGGAGGUUUUAGAAAGAGCCAAAAAAGCCCAGGAAAAAGCAGCACGUGAUGCCAAGGAAGUACAAGGCCCGAUCUCUUCUUCUUCUUCGAUAAGAUCGCCUACGAUCGAGGUUGCUUCAUCUUCGACUAGUUCGACCAACCAACAACAACUCUCGAAUCCCGGCUCUGAUUCAGGAACUGCUCCGAACCAGGAUCCUCCUCUUGGUGGCGAAGAGUAAUUAAUUGUGUCUUUGUCAAUUUCUCUUGGUUGUUAUAUAUAGAAGACUUAUAUAGUGAAUGUAACCUUUAUAUACUGAUGAUGGGUUGGGUUGGUUAUUUAGUCUCAAAGUCGUAUAGUAAUUAUUGCCUUCUUAAGGUUCGUCUUUCAGAUAUCUUAUGAGAUUCUUGACGUGAUCGAACACUACCCGUUUGGUAACAUUAUUAUUUGAAAUUUUGAAUAUAGGAACGAGUUAAAAA